AUGCUUCACGUUUGGCGAGCCUCCGGUGAAGAAAUCUGUGCCGUGCCCGUGGCAGAGUUGACGGAUGUCCGAGCCUUGAAGAGGCGCUUGCACCGUCUUUGUGGUGUGCCACGCUUCCGGCAGAAGCUGCUGGUCUGGAAUGGUGGUCUCAUGGCCGACGACGUCCUGUUGCAGUCACCGAUGGAUCUUCAACUGAUCCUGCUGCCCUUUGCCGAAGCCAGCGAGGAGGACAUCGACGAUUUAAUCGGAGCUUCUGACGGUGGCAGUGUGGAGGGAGUCGAAGCAGUGUUAAAUCGUCCUCAGAACCCUGAUGCGAUGAAUUCGAAACGCGGCUUCUCCGCCCUCGGACGUGCAGCAGAUCUGGGCCAUGUAGAGGUUGCGCAGCUACUUUUGGAGGCAGGCGCCGAUCCGGAUCUUCAGAGCAUGAACGGCUUUGGCCAUGUCUUGGCACCGCUCCAAAUCGCCGCAAGACAAGGGCACGUGGAGCUGCUGCGGCUUCUUCUUGAGGCAAGAGCAGAUCAGGACACCAAGCACAGUGACGACAUGACUCCGUUGGCGAUGGCCUUGGAGAUGGGUCACACCGAGAGCGUCAGCGUCCUUGUUGCCGCGGGCGCGGAGCAGCCCCGAGGUUGUGGAGACUGCUUCCCGGGUCUCUGCACCGAGUCAUCCUGUUUUUCCUUCGCGCCGGUCUUGGGCGAGUUGGCUUUGGGGCUCCUGCUGGGAGUCUUGAAGGGCCGAAAGGUCCUCCUUCUGCGGUCCCACCAGGACAAGGGCUGUGGGCUUAUGAUUGUGGACCCAUACAAGGCACGACAAGAGAAGUUUAAGACUUUGGUGGGGUGGAAACUGAAUGUGGCAAGGUCACCCAUCGCCAAGAAGUCGCCACGAAAGCGCCACGUCAAAGAUUUCCGGGCAUAUCUGGAGCGGCUGUUUGGGGGCCCGGGCGGCGCGGGCCGUGCCUGGCGCACGGCUCUGGACGUCAAGGGCACCGGCGCCGUGAGUGUGGGAGAUUUCGGCAGCGGCUGCAGAGCCGUUGGCUGGAAGCAUGACCACACCGAGAUGUGGAAGCUUCUGAAGGCCGCAGGCGGCGGUGUAGUUUGCCUCCGUGCCCUGGAUCCUCAAACCGCUGAGGCCCUUGACGAGUUCAAGGACGAAGCCAUGAUGAGGACGAGGAGCAUCCAUGACUUUUGGAUGGAGGACCUCGAUCCAGGAGGGGUGGGCGCUGUCAGCCGCACCGAGUUUCUCAAAGAUGCCGGAAAAGCCUUGCGACUUCCAAGAGAGACGUUGAUCCGAGUCUUCAAUGUCCUAGAUACCACGGCUACGGGCUGGGUUUCUCUCGCUGAGUUCGGCUACCUUGAGGCGUUCGAAACGAAGAUCGCCGAGGCCUUGGCUGAGGAGAAGGCGAAGGAGGGACAGAAGGCACGUGGCUACCCGAUCAGCCAUGCCAAGUCCGUGCCAGAGCUGGCCAGCCCAUCACGAGCGGCGAAGCUCCUGCUGCCCCCGGGGGUGCUGGGCGACUUCCGUUUGCCAUGGCAGGCGCGCGAGAACCGAGGCGAAAUGAGCCCGGCAGAGUUGGCUUGUUCCCCGCUGGGGCGGCAGCUUUGGGCGCCGCAGCGGAGCAGUCGCAGCUGCCAGUACCGGGCCUUGCAGAACUCGCACACCUUGAAGCACAGGUGGCUUGCGACGGCCAUCGAGGAUCGAAGCUUGUGCACGAAUUUCGAUGCAGCCAAGCACCCGGCACAUGUGCUACCUUAG